CUAACACCUCCAAAGCCGCUGCUCUGUCUCCUGCGAACGGUUUUCUACGUGAUUUUCCAAAGUAUCAGACGGGAGGAGGUCAUCAGACAGCGCAAAAUAGAGGGCAACAGGCUCCAACCACCAGAAAUCACAUUACGACCCCACCAAAUACCCUGUUGUCGCGCCGUUGUUUGUUAGAUCCGUCUCAAGUCACUCUUCUGCGCUAUGCCCAACAGGUGAAACGACAAAAUGGCCCGCAAAGGCGGGGGCUCAACCCAGAGACCAGCUCCACCUUAUACAACAAACGGACAUGCCAACGAUAAUCCGCCCCCAUCAACUAUUGCGGCUCAAAUCGUCCACAAUGCUUCCAAAACCAACGUGCGGCAGGAUCCAGCGGCCAAAGUCAGCUUUGGAGUGCUCGUCAAGGAAUUCCUGCAACAUCCAAACAUAGACGAGUCGGACGACCCUCAGCUUGUCGCACUCAUCUGCGUCAUUGCUGAAGCAGGACUGGAGGCUCUUUUCAAAGACGAUCCUUUCGCUCAAGAUCAACGAAAACAGCAAGAGCAAGGAAUAGACAGCAUUGCUGCUCUUACAAAGAUCCUGGACCGAAAGCCUCAUCUCCUGCUGAGCGCAAACGACGGCGAGGACGAUGCUAAUGGGAGUCCGAGACCUCCUCUCUUUAUCUGGUUGUUCCCUAAGCUUCUGGGAUUGUUGACCCAUGCAACCCUUCAGCCGCUCCAUGAACCUGCCCAGGACCUCCUCGGGCUAUGUCUCAAUGUGCUCACUCGGACGUCCGUUUUCUGGCGCCAGGCGGCCGCAGUUACGAGAUUCUAUAAGGCCGGCGUCCAAGAUGUUUUGACCGAACUGGAUUUGAUGAAUGACCCUACGUCGUUACUAAAUCCAUCAAUUCGUGUCACUUUGCCUUCGUCAAGCAGCAUAGGCGAGUUUUGGCCUGAAAGUCAGCACAUCAUCGCAUUGCCCCAUGACUUGCAGAGGACAAUGGCUUCGCCGAUUGUGACGAUUUACGUUGGAUUCAAUCUCCUCCUUGCGUUUACCAAAGCAUCCGAUCGAAGUCGAGGAAAGGGGUCCGGUUCUGCUCCCUCUGGUGACCACUCCUCAUGGGUCCUGGAAACCUGUUGUGCAUUGUGGCAACACUUCAUCCGGUGGGCAACUAGCACCGACAAGAGUGCAUUUCACGAUGAGACCCAGACCGUAUAUUUGCACUUGUUGGAGGUUGUAGCAGUCCCCAAGGCUGCUUUGGAAGACCACUUUUCGACGUCAAUGAAAUCAGCACUUUCUCUCGUCGCUGGCCUUUCUGGUCUCAUUGAAAACUUCUCCACGUCGCCUUUGUCUAGUGCUACCCAGAUACGACUUGCGCUUAUGUUUAUCCGCCUGCGUAACAUUCUCAAUGAUAUGCCGAUGGUUGACCAUAUAUUCAAACGCCGACAAGAAACCUGGAAGUCAAUUGUACUGGAAGGCUUAGAGGCAAGCGUAGCCAAAGUCUGUCAGAAUACCGAACAGGUAUCAACUCUACAUAAAGAUCUACAGUUGGCGCUCUGUCUUUGGACAUCUCCGGGUACAUGGCCUUUGGUCGCCGAAUUACGUACGGAACUUUGCUCGAAUACCUCUGGGUCCUUCUCGGACGCUCAGCUCGCCGAGGAGUCCAUGUCACUCGUCAAAGCACUUCGUGAAGUGGAUCUGAGUAGCAAUGAGAGACCGGCAAAACGACGCAAGACCUUACCCGAGUCUGCGGAAGAUAUUAGUGGUUCUACAUACGACCAGCUCGUGAUGAUCUUGAACGGCAGCUCGCAGGACUCGCCAAUGUUGGAUCUUAUGAAUCUUCACAACAUCGUCAAGGACCAAUACUCUUCUAUCUUAGAUGACUCCAAUCAGGAAGAGCUCGAACUGUUUGAGCUUCGACAGGUUGAACUACUAUCGGCUUUGGGAAAAAUUGCUUGUGCUGGUUCACGAUGUCUAGAGACCUCAAACUUGAACUCACGACACUGGGAGACCAUGAACUGUACACUUUGUGGUACAUCACUCACUGCCAAACGAGAUGUGAAUGUCUACUGGAACGACGCAGGCUGCGGAGAGGACUGGAAAGACGUCAUUGCCGCCAUGCUUGCGAUUACGAAGGAAGAAGAAUUCCUGAAGUCUUCGAAAGCUCGUGUUCUAAUGGCGGUUGCUAUUGGCCGAGUCUUCAACCAUAUUUCAGACAUCGAAUACCUGAAUUUAGAAAGCUGUGAACUGGGUCAAUGGCUGCUUACAUCGAUGAGGACAUCUUUGAGAGAGUUGAAAAUUGCGGCUACGAGCUCCUUGAUGGUCUUCUUAAGGAACAGCAUCUCUAGCGGUGUACGACAGAAAAAUCGAAGGUCUACGCUGGAGUUCAUCGAUGCGAUUGCCAAUAAGAACGUGAUUUCAGACCAAGAGACGUUCAUCAUGGCAUAUGGUCAGAUCGCCCGCGUGUGUGGCGAGUUCGAAUUUCCCAUCAUACUGCAUCGCCUUAUUGAAUAUCUCGAUCACACGAAUGCCCUGAUCUGUGGCAUGGCUUAUAGAGAGAUUGAGUCUCUUGCUGAUGAGUUUGCACCGGAUCCUUUGAAGCUUCUGAGUCCAUACUGGAGAAUCAUCGGCUUUUCCGCCUUCAAGGACGUCGUCAAGAAACCACAAAAAGCAACGCAGCUAGCUGACCUGACAGAGCAAAGUGUCAACCAACUUCUACUACUCACACAAGCGGACAUUCUUCCACAUCUCGUCCUGACUAAAAGGAGAGAGGUCGUGGAAAGAAUUGCCAAAGUCCGCAAAGCUUCGGUUAUCGAUGUCUUGACUCAACCAAAGAAAAACACUGCAAAGAUACUCGCACUACUCCUUUCCCAACCAGUGACAGACGUCGCAGCCAAUGCUAUGGAGACUCUUGCAGCUAUCGAACCGACCAUACGAGAGAGGAUCGGCAACAGACUCGAAACGUUGAUCACUCCGGACCCUGAUGGCAUCGCUGUUGAGAUACUUCUCUUAGCUGCCGAUCAAGACGAAAGCAAAAGAAAGCUUUUUCAUCGUGGCUUUAGCACGCUAGCAGUCCUUGCCGAUGCGAAAAGCGGGCAGCGCAAAUCAAAAACCAAAGUCUUGGACGACUUCCUCGAAUCACAUAUUCUUGGUAUAAUAACUCAUCUCUCGAACAUAAUUGAGAGCCCGCUAGCGCAGGGCAAGACUGUCAUUCAACCGUUGUCUGAGCGAAAGAGAUGCAUAGCAGCUCUCGGCCAGUUGAUGAGCCUUGCACGUCACAAUGUGAAUUUAGCAUUGCCACAGCUUCGUGCGUGUCUUCAAUCUGCAAUGGCGGAUCCAGAACUUGUCGACGAGACGUUUCUCGUAUGGUGCGCUUUCCUAGCAGCACUUGAAGCAGAUGAUGUCAUGCUCGUAGUUGAUCAGACUUUCGCUCUAGUCGUUCAGCAUUGGGCAUCGUUUUCCGAAGAAACGCAGAUCAAGGCGAACAAGAUCAUCGUCGACUUGACCCAACAGCACGAUGCGCCUUUGAGGGAAAGGAUAGAGUAUUUGCCUUCUCUAGCGAGUAUUCCGAUCAUGUCUAAGACCGAAGGUGAACUUGUGCGUCUCAAAUCGAAAGUGGAUACUAUCAGGACCUUUCGAUCUUUCAGCAACCGAUGCAAGGAUCAGAAUGCCAUCGUGGUGCGACAAGCACUGAGGGAGCUUGUGCCCUUCCUUGACACAAACCAAGGGCAUCUACAUCAGUCAAUUGUCGGUCAAAAACCGAUACCAGUACUGGCAACUUUAACUCGAUCUAUCCUUGAUGCCAGUGUUCGGUUCUCGGCAGAGGACUUUGAUAUUACUGUUCUAUGCGCGCAGUGCCUAGGUGUUAUCGGUGGUCUCGAUCCUCACCGGGUCGAGACAGUACGUGAAAAGAAGCGACUUUUGGUGUUGACCAACUUUGCCAACCGAGACGAGGACAUCAACUUCGUGGCGCUGCUGCUGGAACAAGUCCUCGUCAAAGUCUUUCUGUCGACCACAAACCCCAAAUCACAAGGAUGGAUCGCUUAUGUCAUGCAAGAGAUGCUCAGACAUAGUGGAUUCAAGAGCCUCGCUGUUGCGAAACCUCGGUCUUCCCAAAUCAGCACCGAGGCACACCGAUGGAGUGAGAUCCCUGAGAGCGUCAAGAACGUUCUGACUCCAUUCCUGAACUCGAAGUAUUCAAUCAACAUCAACCCAUCCCUUCGUUACGAGCCUCCGAAAUCUCCAAUAUAUGGCAACAACAUCAGCCAUGGGAUCUGGCUUCAAAAGUUUGUCUACGACCUAUUGCAGAAAGGGCAGGGGCCCAACGUUGAAGAGAUCUUCCCAGUUCUGGCUCGCAUCAUCAAAGGCUAUGAUCUCUCAAUUGCUACGUUCAUACUUCCUUUUGCUGCUCUGAACGUCAUCGUUUCUGAUGAUGAGCAAAACAUGCAAAACGUUGGACGAGAGUUGCUGACGGUACUGGAGAGUGAGCUAACGUCUCCUGACCAGCUUGACGCUUCGACUAUCAGGCAAUGCAGUGAGAAUGUGUUCCAAACGCUCGACUACCUUUCAUUGUGGCUACAAGAGAAGAAGAAAGCUGUCGCCGAUGCCAGAGUGAUGGCUGGCAAAACUGGUAGAGGAGUCUUGGAAGAUGAAGAGAUGAAAGCCAUCAAGGAGAUAAGUCGCGUGGAAGGCACACUUCAAAUGAUUCCCGCCGAAAUAAUAUCACGACGAGCAGUCGAGUGCGGAUCUUACGCGCGGGCUCUAUUCCAUUGGGAGCAAUACUAUCGACAGCAACAGAAGCUCAAGGUUGAUACAAAUCGGGCGUUCCUUGAGAAAGACGAGCUACUAGACCACUUACAGAUCAUCUACGCGCAGAUUGACGAGCCUGAUUGCAUGGAGGGUAUCUCGGCCCAUCUCAAGGUGUUGAACCCUGAGCAGCAGAUCAUCGAAGACCGUAAAGCUGGCCGCUGGACGGCGGCUCAGACCUGGUAUGAGAUUGCGUUGGCCGAGAAGCCAAAUGAUUUGGAGACUCAAAUCAAUCUCUUGACUUGCCUCAAAGAGUCUGGUCAAUACGAUGCUAUUCUCAAUUACGUGGAUGGAUUUCAUGCAUCAAAUUCUCUCUCAGGCAGUACGCUGCCGUUUGCAGCCGAAGCCGCCUGGUCUGCAGGCAAGUGGGAUCAGCUCGAAAGAAUUCUAGCUGCCUCGCCCGAAUCGCAGACCAAUCCUUUCUUGAAUUUCAAUGUCGGUGUCGGACAAGCAUUGCUUUGUCUGCACCGGCAAGACGUAGCAGGGUUCAAGAAAGUUAUCCCAGCGCUGAGGGAAGCAGUAGCCAAGAGCCUUUCCCCUUCAACAACAGCAUCCGUUCAGGCCUCUCAUGACCACUUGGUUAAACUUCACGCGCUUUAUGAGAUAGAAACUAUCAGCGGCAUGGCUUCGCCGAGAAUGCGGAACCGCGAAGUCAUUCUCGAGAGUCUGGAUCGACGACUGGAUAUCAUUGGUGCAUACACUUCGGACAAACAAUAUAUUCUAGGUGUACGACGGGCGGCCAUGUCAUUUUCUCCCAUCGAGUUCACAAAACUGGAUAUUGCAUCUGUAUGGCUCACAACAGCAAGACUGGCUAGGAAAGGCGGCUUCAUGAGCACUGCUUUCAACUCCGUGCUCCACGCUGGCCGAUUAGGAGACAACGCAUCCAAGAUCGAAUACUCGAAGUUGCUCUGGAAGGAAGGGCAUCACCGAAAGGCUAUUCAGAACCUGCGCGGAGCUAUCGACAGCAACGCAUUCCAGUCCGACGACAUCACUGUUCCUGUCAACGUCUCAGUCACAACGGCUGGUCGAGGGGACGAUCAGCACAUGAACAGAGUCAAGUCUCAUGCUCAGCUGCUCCUGGCAAAAUGGCUGGAUCGAGCUGGCCAGACUCAGUCUCAAUCCUUGAAAGAUGCAUACGCAAAGGGAGUUAUGUCGUACUCCAGAUGGGACAAGGGCCACUAUUACCUCGCUAGGUACUAUCUCAAGCUCCUGGAAUCUGAGAAGAAAUUACCGGUAUUGAAGCAGAGCUCAGAGUACCUCUCUGGUAGCUUGACCAAGCUUGUGGCUGAGAAUUUCGUUCGCUCCACGGUUUACGGCACGAAAUACUAUUACCAGACCCUGCCCAAGGUACUCACCCUCUGGCUGGAUAUGGGUAUGGAAGUCAUGAACAGCGCCCCUAGGUCGGCCCGUGACAAGGAGCUUCACGACUUCAAGCUUGGCUAUCUCGAGCAUCUUAACAAGUACGUUAAGCGGUAUGCUACUGAGCGGAUGCCCGCUUUCGCAUGGUAUACCGCCUUUCCGCAAAUCAUUACACGGAUCAGUCAUCCGAACAAGCAUGUGUGGGACGCUCUUCAGACGAUCAUCAUACGCGUUGCGGCGGCGUAUCCACAGCAGGCACUGUGGAGUUUGCUGGCUGUGCUUCAUUCAACACAAGACGAUCGCCGGUCUCGUGGGACGCGGGUACUACAACUAUUGCGUGAUGCUUCGAGAAAGAAAGGGUCAAUGGAUCUGAAGAACCUGAUCAUCCAGGGACAGCGUCUGACUGAUGCUUUGCUUGCUGCUUGCGAUGCCCCAGUAGAGCAGCGAGUCGCCCAUGUCAGUUUAUCGCGAGAUCUCGGGUUCAGCCACAAACUCGCUCCGUCUCAGCUCGUGGUUCCAAUCGAGGCAAACAUGCUCCCAAAUCUUCCAGCUGGAAACGACAGUGCGACCAUCCGCAGACAUAACCCUUUCCCACAAGACGCAAUCACCAUCAAUGCCUUCAUGGACGACGUCCUCGUCCUAUCCUCGCUCCAACGCCCCCGAAAAGUAAACGUCCGCGGCUCAGACGGACGCUCCUACGGUCUACUCUGCAAGCCCAAAGACGACCUCCGCAAAGACCAACGCCUAAUGGAAUUCAACACGAUGAUCAACCGCGCGCUCCAAAAAGACAUAUCAUCCAGCAAACGCCGCCUAUACAUAAAAACCUACGCCGUAACGCCGCUAAACGAAGAAUGCGGAACAAUCGAAUGGGUCGAGGGCCUAAAGCCCAUGCGCGACAUCAUCCUACGCUUCUACCGCCAAUACAACGUGCCAAUCGACUACGCAAAGCUGCGCAUGCUCCUCAACGAAGCUUCCUCGUCGCCGGCAAAAGUCGGCAUCUUCACAGACGAGAUCCUCACACAGUGCUUCCCCGUCCUGCACGAAUGGUUCGUCGAAACGUUCCCCGAACCAGAGGCCUGGUUCGCAGCGCGCCUGCGCUACACGCGCUCGUGCGCCGUGAUGAGCAUCGUGGGCCACGUGCUGGGGCUGGGCGAUCGGCACGGCGAGAACGUGCUGCUCGAGCAGGGCGACGGGGGGACCUUCCACGUCGAUUUCAACUGCCUGUUCGACAAGGGGUUGACGUUUGAGAAGCCUGAGCUUGUGCCUUUCCGCCUCACGCACAAUAUGGUCGAUGCCAUGGGGCCACAGGGCGUUGAGGGCCCGUUUCGAAAGGCGGCUGAGCUGACGUAUGGGUUGCUGCGCCAGCAUGAGGAUACGCUUAUUACUAUCCUGGAGACGUUUGUGCAUGAUCCCACUGCGGACUUUUUGGGCGGCAGGAAGAGGAAGAAGAUUGCGGGUGUGGCGGACACGCCGCAGGAGGUGCUGGAUAUUGUGAGGACGAAGGUGAAUGGGUAUUUGAAGGGGGAGAGCGUGCCGCUUAGUGUUGAGGGGUAUGUUGAGGCGCUGACUGCUAUGGCUAAGGAUCCGAUGAAUUUGGCGUCUAUGUAUAUCGGGUGGUGUGCUUUCUUUUAGAACUAAUGAGUAGCGUUUGGUUUUGGAUCUGUAGAUGUUUUCACGGUAAUGAUUUCACAUCAUGAUAGAGUGAGUAAAAAUAGUGUCUCCAUGC